AAACUGAUUCCUGUCUUUUUUUUCAGAUAAAGUAUUUCAUACGUAUACAUUCUUCUCUGAAUAAUAAUGCUGCUGCAUAAUAAUGUGACUGAACUGAUUCUCCUUGGGUUGACUCAGGAUCCUGCUAAAAAGAAAAUCAUAUUUGUCCUCUUUUUGUUUUUCUACUUGUGCACAUUGGUGGGUAACUUGCUGAUAAUUAUUACUAUCAAGACCAGCCAAACACUUGGGAGUCCCAUGUACUUCUUCCUUUUCUACUUAUCCUUGUCUGAUACCUGCUUCUCUACUUCCAUAGCCCCUAGGAUGAUUGUGGAUGCCCUUUUGAAGAAUAACACCAUCUCUUUUAAUGAGUGCCUUUUCCAGGUAUUUUCAUUGCAUUUCUUUGGCUGUCUGGAGAUCUUCAUCCUUGUCCUCAUGGCUGCUGAUCGCUAUGUGGCCAUCUGUAAGCCCCUGCACUACACGACCAUCAUGAGCAGACGGGUUUGCAGUAUAUUGGUAACUGUCGCCUGGGUCGGGUCCUGUGUGCAUUCCUCAGUGCAGAUUAUUUUGGCUUUGAGUUUACCUUUCUGUGGUCCCAAUGUGAUUGAUCACUAUCUAUGUGACUUGCAGCCCUUAUUGAAACUCGCCUGUGCAGACACCUAUGUGAUCAACCUACUCUUGGUUUCCAACAGUGGGGCCAUUUGCACAGUGAGCUUUGUCAUGCUGAUGUUCUCCUAUGUUAUCAUCUUGCAUUCUCUGAGAAAUCACAGUGCUGAAGGGAGGAGAAAAGCCCUUUCCACGUGUAUCUCCCACAUCAUCGUAGUCAUCCUGUUCUUUGGUCCUUGUAUAUUUAUAUACACACGCCCUGCAACCACCUUCCCCAUGGAUAAGAUGAUAGCUGUGUUUUAUACAAUUGGGACUCCUUUGUUUAACCCUCUGAUUUAUACAUUAAGAAAUGCAGAGGUGAAAAAUGCCAUGAGGAAGUUAUGGAGCAAGAAAGUGAUCUCAGAGUACUGA